AUGCUUUUUUUGGGGGCGAUUGUUUGCUCCCUUUUGCUGGGUGUUUUCCCUGCCAAGUCCUCGGCGUCAUCUUUUCAAUGCCGCUGCUUUCCUGGUGAUGCAUGCUGGCCGUCGAGCGCUGCGUGGUCGGACUUUAACAAUUCUGUCGAUGGAACGCUGAUCGCGACCGUUCCUUUGGGAGCACCUUGCCAUGCACCUGAGUAUGACGCCGCGGUGUGCGAUGUUCUUCGCGACGGAUGGCUUUUACCAGAAGAACAUUAUGACUCUUCUUCGUCUAUUAUGGCUCCAUGGUUUGCCAAUGAGACCUGCGAUCCUUUCCAUCCAGUCUCGCAGCCUUGCACUCUAGGUAAUUACGUAACCUAUUCGGUCAAUGUCUCAAAGCCAGAACAUGUUUCCAAAACGCUUGCCUUUGCAAAAGAGAACAAUAUCCGCGUCGUUAUUCGUAACACCGGCCACGACUAUAAUGGGAAAUCCACCGGUGCCGGCGCCAUCGCCAUCUGGACGCAUAACCUGAAAGACAGGCAUAUCAUCAACUACAAUAGUUCUUAUUACCAAGGCAAAGCAAUCAAACUUGGUGCUGGCGUUCAAGGAAUCGAAGCAUACGAGCUAGCCGACGUGAACAAUCUCCAGGUUGUCGGUGGAGAAUGCCCAACUGUCGGUAUCGCUGGCGGUUACUCUCAAGGCGGUGGACACUCUGCUCUUGCUUCGCGAUACGGAUUGGGUGCUGAUCAGGUACUUGAAUGGGAGGUCAUCGACGGUACGGGACAGUACAGAGUUGCCAAUCGAGACCAGAACUCGGACUUGUAUUGGGCGCUCUCUGGCGGUGGAGGUGGUACAUUCGGUGUUGUUUGGUCCAUGACAUCCAAAGCCCACACAGGAACGCCGGUAUCUGGCCUAAAUUUGACUUUCACCAAUGAGGGGAUCUCGCAAGAUACUUUCUACAAAGCCGUUGGUUCAUAUCAUGCUAAACUUGCACCGGUUGUUGAUGCUGGCGCGAUGAGCGUCUGGUAUUUUACAAAUACGAGCUUUUCAAUCUCGCCACUCACCGGACCAAAUAUCCCCAUCGACGACCUAAAAAGUCUCGUUAAGCCAUUUACCGACUCUCUCACCGAGCUUGGCGUCAAAUACACUACAUACUCUCAGCAAUUUGACACUUACUUGGACGAGUUCAAUGGCAUGCAGAGUGCAAUCGAAGUUGGCAUUGCUCAGUAUGGUGGAUGGCUCAUCCCAAGAUCGGUCGUUGAACAGAAUAAUGAUAAUUUAACUUCUGCAUACCGUUAUAUGACCGAAGAUGGUGCCCAAUUUAUCGGCAUCGCCGUGAACGUAUCCAAAGCUCUCGUUGGCACAGACAUUUACAAUUCAGUUCUGCCGGCUUGGAGAGAUACCCUGAUUGAUAGUGUGAUUACCACGCCGUGGAACUUUACAGCCCCAAAGCCUGCUAUGGUUGCAGAGCAGGUUAAAAUGACCAAUGACUAUAUUCCCCGAUUGAAGGCUUUGGCCCCUGACUCUGGUGCUUAUAUGAAUGAGGCCGAUUUUCGCCAACCUGACUUUCAGCAGGCCUUCUUUGGCGAGAACUACGAUAAAUUAAAGUCGAUCAAGGCUAAAUAUGACCCUGAUUCUUUGUUUUAUGCUGUGACUGCAGUUGGGUCAGAAGAUUGGACGGAGUUGGAGAAUGGAAGGCUUUGUAGAGCAUGA